GAGGUCAUUUCCUGUUUGCGAUGCGGGUCUGAUAGAAGAAGGUCAGUUGGUGGGGGAUGCUGGAAGUGUUUUUACGAGUUAAUUGAAGACGUUGGAGGGCUGCUGAAGUCGCCGCACCAGAACGUACACACAGGGGUUUAUAGUCCCUCGACGUGUACGCAUACGCGUUCGUGGUGGGAAAGUAGAGGCAGCAGAGCCCUGUGAAGAGACACACGACGCCUGCCACAACACAGAACAAUGCCCACAGAGAAAGCAGAGGGCCCCGGGCAGAUGGAGGACCUUCCCAAUGGGUCGAGUGUGGCAUAUGAAGACCACGAGGAAGAAGAGAAUGUCAGGCCUGGAGACUUGUCAGAGCUGCUGAAGGAGGGCACCAAGGAGUCCCACGACAAGGCGGAGAACACGCAGUUUGUCAAGGACUUCCUCAAGGGCCGCAUCCGCAAGGAGCUCUUCAAGCUGGGAACAGUGGCCCUGUACUUCACCUACUCUGCUCUGGAGGAGGAGAUGGAGAGGAACAAGGACCAUCCCCAGUUCGCCCCCCUCUACUUCCCUCUGGAGCUGCAUCGGCAGGAGGCUCUGGCCCAGGACCUGGAGUAUUUCUACGGGGAGGACUGGCGGGAGGUGGUGGAGCGCUCGGAGGCCACGCGGCACUACGUGGAGAGGAUCCACGAGGUGGGGCAGCGCGCCCCCGAGCUGCUGGUGGCUCACGCCUACACCCGCUACAUGGGCGACCUCUCGGGGGGCCAGGUGCUGAAGAAGGUGGCCCAGCGCGCCCUGCGGCUGCCCAGCACCGGGGAGGGCGUGAACUUCUACCACUUCGCCCACAUCUCCAGCGCCAAGGAGUUCAAGCAGCUCUACCGCAGCCGCAUGAACGAGCUGGAGCUGGACCAGGACACCAAGGAGCGGAUUGUGGAGGAGGCCAACCGGGCCUUCUGCUUUAACAUGGAGAUCUUCGACGAACUGGACAAAAUUGGCCAGACGAUAAAGGAUGAGGUCCUGGACGGUGGUCUACCGGUGUACGAGGGGAAGGGAGACAUCCGGAAAUGCCCAUACUACGCCGCCAAGAUGGCUGCAGGCGGGGGCUCGUCCUACGCCUGCCAGGUGGCGGUGGCCCUGCUGAGACACCCCAUGGGGCAGGUCCUGAUGGCCGCCUGCGUGGCUGUGCUGGCGGGGGUGGCUGCUUGGUACGCCAUGUGACGGACGAGGGCCCGAGACCUGGGUCCUGGGGGAACAGGGGGAGCGAGACAGUGGUGGGUUGGUGGCUGGCGACCAUGAAGACCCGCCCCUCUGCCCCGUGACGGGACCGGCCCCGGUACACCGUUGUGGUGUUUAGUGCUGACAAGAAACCCUGUGCGGCUCAAUUGGAAAUAUAGCAACAUUGAUGUAUUGUGCUCUCAACUCUCAAGCAGAUUUUCAUAGCAGAAUGUUUUCGUUGUUUUUUUGUUUGUUUGAACGUUGAGCUGCAGUAAGAUGGCCCAUUUCGCUGGAUUGAAUCCAACCUGUGCAGAUUAGAUCAGGAACUUUCCUAUGAGUUAUACUGUAUGUAAGAACGUCAGCUCAUUUCGUGCUGUUCCAGUUCCCAGACUGUUUCAAACAGCUGCUUGAAGCAUGCAUUCAAGUCCAAGCAUAUGCCAUAUGUAGUUUGAAUGAAACAUUAUGGUGAUUUGCGAAUGAACAGACAUGGAAUACAAAAAUACACACCAUGUCAGUUCCCAUUUAAAGAAAAAAAAGGCAUUUGGAAGGUGCCACUCCAGCAUGCUAUCAGUUUACCAGGGAGAUUGAUGUCGUCUCAUGAUUUAAAUGGUCAGGAUCAAAGCCCUUGCUUGAAGCUUUCAUCAUCUAAUUAAAUAACAGCAAAUGGCGUAUUGUCCUCAUUCUGCAAUUGUGAAAUAAGGGGAAACCUAGUUUUAAAAAUCGGGUCAAGCAAUCUUUGCCAUGAAGGAUCUCGCCAAAAAGCUAUGGAAAACAGAUUUGUAGCAAGUCAUUUUGUCCUGCUUUCUUGUUAAAGCCUGAGACCUUCUUUUUAGGUGCACAAUUUGCAUCUUUAGACUUUUUUUCCUGCAAUCUGAUCUAAGAUUUUAGUUUCAUCAGGCUUAGUGCAAGACAUUGCCACUGAUGCUCUAGCUGCAGUGUGGUGAAGGAACACUGUCAUUCUGUGCUGGUACCACACACAGCAGUUAGAAAGCAGGAGGGGUUUCAAAAAGCAACGAGGAGGAGGAAUUAGAUGGAACAGAAUCCCUUAUGGCAGUUUGUACACAUGAACAUUUAGUUAGUAAAUAUGCAAAGCACGUUUGCCUUGAUUUGAUUAAAAUUCCCACUGAUGCUCUAGAUGUUUUAUUUGAUCAAGGUUCUGCAACCUUUCUCCCUCGAGAAGCCUAAUGUUGCAGUUUUAGAGAUGAACAUUUCUAUUUUAAUAACUAAAGCCUUGGACAAGUAUAUUUAGAACUGAAGCAAGUGAUCUUGAAGUAAUUCAGAGAACAAAAACCUGAAGCCACACUGGUGAGAGACCUGCUAUCUGCUGUAUCUUGCUGCGAGCAAACAGUAAGUCCUUCCAAAGCAGUUGUGCAAGAACAGAAAAUUACAGAAGAUUGUUUUCUAAAAUGGUUUCUUUAGGAAACCUCCUUUUAUGUUUUUAUCCAUCCAUUUUCUAACUGCUUUAUUCUA